UUGGCACCACUAUUUCAUUUGUUUGUAAUUUGUAAUAUGAUUUGCGCGAAUCUUUUGGCCUGGAACAACUACGAGCACUUUAUGCUUACCUGUACAGGUGCCGGUGGCCAAGACGAUGACAGACCCUGCCCUGUGGAAAUGGAGCUGGAGCGGUGGCGGGAGUUUAUCCAGCACAUAAGAGACCACCAGAAGGAGGACGCCGCAGAAGAGGAAGCCGUGGAGACUGAGUUCUGUGAAAGCGAGAUCAGCGAGAAGCAGGAGGCGGAGGAGGAAGAUUGUCUGGCCGAGGACAUGUUCGUGGACCUGCCCGUGUCCUCGGAGCCAGAGUCCGGUAGCGAAGCGAGAGACGGAGAGGUCGACGAUGCCAGCAUGGCGCUUGACUGCGAGUCGGGAGCCACAGAUUUCAGCCCCUUGUCCAAAUUUAAUCCCACAUUUUAUCGGCGCAGCCCAAGGAUCACACGGUUCAUUGAGCUGUACCAGCAACAACCCUGUCUCUGGGACCCAGCGGAUGAGGCGUUCAAGGACAAGGAGAAGCGCAGCGCUGCCUACGAGGAGCUACUGGAGCAGCUAAAGACCUCCGUCAACCUCCAUCUCACUGCGUACAAGCUGAAGAAGUGCAUCUCGAGCUUGCACUCCCAAUAUGUGUCCAUUACGCGCCAGAAGAAGACCCAAAAGCUGACCCAGGUGCCGUUGUACUACCACGCCAAGUACACCUUCCUGGCCAAGUGUGGAGAUCCCGCGGAGGCCGAGAGUGACGAGGACGAGGGCUGUGCCAAGAUCAAGCUGGUGUUUACGGAAGAGAACCGGCUGACCAGCCUGUUCAUCGAGCUGUACGAAAAGUUCCCGCAUCUGUAUGAUCCGGCGCACAAACACUUCUCGAAUCUGAGCGAACGGAAGUCGGCCAUCUUGGAGAUGACGGAUUUGCUGAGCGGGGAAAUUUCCGGCCUAGGCCUGCACACCCACUAUGAGGUGUACGACAGUAUUCAGAGCCUGCGUCAGUGGUAUUCGCGCAGGAUAAAAACCCUUACCGAUGUUCAGUCGGUGGGUCUCUCCCUGGCCGAGAAGCGGUACAUUGAGCGCUGCAGGGCUUUCAUGCCCACGAAGACCUUUCGCCAGAAGCUCAAGUGCGAGGCGUGUGAACAGGCUUUCAGCACGGAUCACGCUUUGCAGGCGCACCAGUUCCGGGACCACAAGAUGGGCGACGGCGGCUGGUUCAGGUGCACGGUAUGCGAGUUGAACUUUGACCGACGCUGUCACCUACAUCAGCACAUCCAGCGGGUGCACAUGAGCAAGGCGUUCGCCUGCGAUCUCUGCGAGCGCAGUUUCGCCUUCAACAACCAGCUGGCCGCCCACAAGCGCACCCACGACGAUAAGCACGUGGCAAAGCCGUUCGUCUGCGAGUUCUGCGGCAAAUCGUUCAAGCAGAAGAUCCAAAUGACCACCCACGUGACGGCGGUGCAUACGAAAAUCCGCGCCUUUAAGUGCACCAUGUGUACCAAGGACUUUCUCACCAAGCGCGACCUUAAGGAUCACGUGAAGGCCCAUUUGAACAUCCGCGACAAGGUAUGCGAGAUCUGCCAAAAGACAUUCACCAACGCCAAUGCCCUGGUCAAACAUCGGCAUAUCCACAAGGAGAAGACGCUGCAGUGCUCCCUGUGUACCACACGCUUCUCGGAGCGCGUUAGCUUGGGGGUCCAUAUGCGACGCACGCACAAGAUCAUCAAGAGCACGCAGAAAGUGGCGGAGCCGGCGAGUGAGGCCCUAUUUUCGCACACAUUCCCUCAGACUCAAGGCAACAUAUCCAGCGAAUAGAUAAGCUGGAGAUUACCCAUAAAAUCAAGAGAUAUUAAGAAUUAAAAACCAUUUAACGCCUCAGACUAAGAGUUCCGAGCGUAGAAUAUCUCCCAGGAAAAUAGUUCUAUAACAAUUAUGCUUUAUUAUAAAAUUUGUGACAUUUAAACUAAUGUUAAUUAUCAAUUAAUUACAAACAAUAACAAAUUAAAUUAUAGAGGAGCGCUAAGCUUUGUUAGUAUUAUCUUUUAUUAAAUAAAUAACUUUCAGAUUAUUUACCAAAA